AUGUCAUCUGUAAAUGAUAUUUUAACGGUUAACAUAAAACUACCACUGCGUGAUGAUGAGGCCACUAAAGAAGGAGCGUUGCUUAUGUUGAAGGAGAUCAAACCAUCAUGGGAACGCGAACUUAUUUCAUUCAAAGCUUUCACAGUCGGAAUAACGAAUAAAAUCCUAUGUGCAACAUAUACUCCAGUAAAUGGUACCAAGCACGAAGAGCGACUAUUGUUCCGAAUCUAUGGAAAUAAUACGGAUAAAAUCAUCGACAGGAAUAAAGAAUUCAACAACUGGUUAUAUUUGGCAUCACACGGAUGUGCUGCUCAAUUAUACGCAAGGUUCUCAGGCGGGAUUGUAAGCGGCUUUCUUCCCGGAAAUACGCUUACUGUUGACAACAUACGUGACGAAACCAUUGUCACGAAUAUUUGUAAAUCACUUUCAAGAUUGCACAAAUUAAGACCAGACACCGGUGAAGUAACAAAGCCAACAUUAUUUAUCAAAAUCAAGCAAUUUUUGGCAAAUUUUUCUGACCAUUAUGAGAAUAAGCAAAAGCAGGAGAAAUACGAUGAUUUCUUCAAACAAGGAGAGAUUUUCUUUUUGCACGACUUGCAGCGUCUAAAAGACAUUAUUCAAAAACGACAAUCAGAAGUUGUUUUCUGCCACAACGAUCUCCUGAUCCAUAACAUUAUCCAUGAUGAUAAGACAGACUCAAUAAGUUUUAUUGAUUAUGAGUAUGCUGAUUACAACUAUCAAGAUUUCGACAUAGCUAAUCACUUUUGCGAAUAUGCUGGUGUGGAGGAUUUCAAUUAUUCUCGAUGUCCUGAUAAAAAAUAUAAGCGUGAGUGGAUAACGAAAUACUUGACACAUUAUCUAGAAAGGAAACCUACAAAAGAUGAAAUUGACAAUCUCCUAGAUGGAAACAAUGUUUUCGAAGCGGCUGCUCAUUUCCUUUGGGCUCUUUGGGCGUUGGUACAAUCUCAAAUCUCAACUCUUGAUUUUGACUAUUUAGAAUACGCAAUUCAGAGGUACAAACUCUUUCAGAAAUGCAUGUUCGAAUGUGAUUAA